GCCCCAGGGACUCGCCGUCGUCCAGCUGAAGCGUUCGCUGGUUGAGAUGAUGGCGACUGGGACGCCGGAUUCGCAAGCCCGAUUUGGUCAGUCGGUGAAGGGGCUUCUCACGGAGAAGGUGAACACCUGCGGCACGGACGUAAUCGCGCUCACCAAGCAGGUGCUGAAAGGCUCGCGGAGCUCCGAGCUGCUGGGGCAGGCAGCUCGAAACAUGGUACUACAGGAAGAUGCCAUCUUGCACUCAGAAGAUAGCUUAAGGAAGAUGGCAAUAAUAACAACACACCUUCAGUACCAGCAAGAAGCUAUUCAGAAGAAUGUUGAGCAGUCUCCUGACCUGCAGGACCAGCUGACUCACUUGCUGAAGUAACACAUCAGAACAGUAGUUGACUUCUUUGCCUGAUGCUGAGGAGAACGUGUCCCACACAGCCAUCAGGCCGUGGCCUUGGUUUCCAUUUUCAUCUCCAAAACAUCAUCUAGAAAAGACUUGUGAAAAGAAGAAGCCAAGUGACUGAGCAUGGACACAGUUCCUAAAUUGGAUUAACUCAUCUUCAAGUUGUUUUAUAUUAAAAUUAAUAGAUUGAAUCAUUAGCACUAAAGAAAAAAAGAAAGACACCUUAGCUUGUUAAAAGCUAUAUUGUCUGUGAUCUAUACACCUCUCUCCCUCUCCCCCUCCUCUUCCCUCUCCCCCUCCCCCCCCCCACCUCUCUCUCCAGUAUGUUUCUGUGUAGCCUGCUAGCUUUGAACUCAUAAUCCCCCUGCUGUAAUCUUUCAAGUACUGGGAUUACAAAUCACUACCCCUGGCCACCGAGUAACACUUAGUUUCAGGGACUUGGGAGGCUGAGGCAGGAGGAUCACCUGAGUCCAGAAAGUUGAAAGCAUCCAGGGCCACCCAGAAAGAACCUACGUCCAAGAAGAAGAAGGGACAGAGGGAGGGGGUUCUGUUGUGAUCGUGUGAGAAUGUUUUCUAUUUUAAAGGAUAUCUACCAAUCA